GAGAGAUUCCUCGAAAGUGUAGAGAGAUUCCAUAUUUUGGAAAGUGAAAAAUCAACCUUUUGAUUCCACACCACUCGUAUAGUUUAUGGCAAACCGUGUGCUGAGAAGUCUCCGCAACUUGAUCACCAGGCCUCUCACCUCCUCAACCUCACCAUCAUCAGCGUCAUCGUCAGCCGCCGUCGAUCACAUCGCGAAGCCGGAACCCACGUUCCAAAAGCCACCAGCAAGCGCGCCGCUCAGACUCGACGAUGCCGAGAAGCUCUUCUCGUGCGUGCCGACGUCGAAGCUCCUACGCGCCUCCGCAAUCCUCCACGCCGCGGCCAUCGAGCCCAUGGUGGAUUUCGGGACGUGGGUCAUGCGGUCCAACCUCAUGCACGUGGGCGUGACCAGGGGCGCCGUAUUGGGCGCCCUGAGGCACACCUUUUACGAGCACUUCUGUGCCGGCGAGGACGCGGCCGCCGCCGGAGAAUCCGUGCGGUGUCUCCACCUUUGUGGGCUCAGAUCCAUGCUCGAUUACGCUGUGGAAUACGCCGGCGACAACGACUCAUCUGAUCGUAACUUGGAGGCCUUCCUUCACACCGUUGAGUCUGCCACGUCUCUUCCACCUUCUUCCGUGAGUUGUCUGGUUGUGAAAAUCACCGCGAUUUGCCCAAUGAAGCUGCUUGAGCGGGUGAGUGACUUGUUGAGAUGGGAAUACAAAGACCCUUGUUUCAAUCUGCCAUGGAAGAAGCUGGAAACCCUCCCCAUUUUCUCAGGUUCAACCCCUACAUAUCACACCCUUAAGAAGCCUGAACCAUUGACCCCAGAAGAGGAGAAUGAUCUUGUGCUAGGCCACCAGAGACUGCUAAAAAUAUGCCAAAAAUGUCUAGAAGCCAAUAUCCCUCUAACAGUUGAUGCAGAGUAUAGUUCCAUUCAACCCGCCAUUGACUAUUUCACCUACUCUUCUGCAAUCAUGUACAACAAAGAUGACAACCCAAUUGUGCAUGGAACAAUUCAGGCAUACUUGAAAGAUGCCAAAGAGAGGUUGUUGCUGGCAUCAAUGGCUGCAGACAAAAAGGGAAUCCCCAUGGGGUUCAAGUUGGUGAGGGGAGCUUAUAUGUCAAGUGAAAGGAAACUAGCUUCUUCAUUGGGCUUUGAAUCUCCUAUACACAAUUCUAUACAGGAUACGCAUGUGUGCUACAAUGACUGUGCUUCUUUCUUGCUAGAAAAGAUUUCCAAUGGCCCUGGAGCACUUGUUCUUGCCACUCACAAUGUUGAAUCAGGGAGAAUUGCAGUGGCAAAAGCAAAUGAUUUGGGUAUUGGGAAGUUGAACCAGAGGCUGCAAUUUGCGCAGCUAUAUGGAAUGGCUGAUGCGCUUUCCUUCGGCUUGAGAAAUGCAGGGUUUCAAGUGAGCAAGUACAUGCCUUUUGGGCCUGUAGAGAUGGUCAUGCCAUACCUUCUAAGGAGGGCUGAAGAGAAUAGAGGUCUUUUAUCUGCUUCAACCCUUGACAGGCAACUCAUGAGGAAAGAGUUGAAGAGGAGACUGAUGGCAGCUGUUUUCUAAAGGCGAAGAAGAUGUAGUAUUUGAACAAUCUGUACAAAUAUAAUUGGUCUUAUGAUUGCAAAUUUGAUGACUUCUGAUGAAGCAAGCAGCAUUUCUUUUCUUUGGAAGAAACUUAAGCAAACAAGUUACAAGAUCAAGCAUGCUACUUUGAUACAUAACUUGAAACAAAUACUUUUUCCUUUCUUCCUUGAGAAAUCAAGGCAAUUACUUGUACCCC